AUGGCUUCUGUUAAAAGCGUCGAAACUCGCGCUCCGGCUGUGACCCAGGUUACAACUCGAUCUGCUGCAGGUUCUUCUGUUGCGGCUGCUAUACCCUCCGCUGUUGAACCAGAAGUUGACCCUGCAACCAAGGCAGAUGCCGCCGCUUCUGCGGACAAGUUCACAGUCCCGGUGGAUGCCGAGCACUCCAUCACACUGCAGUGCACUCUUUGUCCCAAGAAUCCGGCCUUCUCGGAUGCCUCUCACCUCCUGACUCACAUCUCCUCCAAGGCUCACCUCCAGCAGCUAUUCAACGUGGGGCUCAAAGCAAAGACCGACACUGCUGCGAAAGACAAGCUGGAGAGGUUUGAGAAGUGGUACGCUGACAAUGACAUUCAGCGUCUCCUGGCCGAGAGAAUGUCAUCCAAAAGUAAGGGAAAGGCAGCGCCUCGCCGCAGUCGGGCAGCAGCCACUCCCAAGGCCAAGCCCCGGUCAGCCAGCGCCAUCGAGCUUGUCAAAAAUGAUACAGAUGGAGCGUCAGCCCGUCGCACGCCUACCCUUCUGCCUCCUCUGGCUCACUGGAACACUGCGCCAUCUGGUCGUGACAAUGCCUACUCUUCGGGGAGAGACAUGCACUACCUGAAUGGAACGCUCUACAACACCCCGACCCCGACAAUACCACGUUCUGGAAGUCACGCCGGAUACGCUGAGGAUAGUGGCAUUGCCAUGGAGAACAAUCCUGGUAGCCGUGGUGACAAUUAUAGCGUGGCUCCUCCAUCUGAGGCCGACUCGUCUUUUGAGGCCAACAAGCUCAAGGGCAUCAUUUGGCCUGGUAUGGAUCUAUUUGAUUCUGCCACACCGGACCAAAAGAAGAAGAGAAAUCAAAGAAAGGACGACAAUGCCAUUGACGUGCUCAAAACCGCCUCGUUGAAUAUCACCCCCACUGAGCAGGUCUGGGGUCCUCAACUUGAGAUUCGCAAGGAGCGUGACCUUUACGCGAGCCCAUCAUCCAAUGAAGGCACUCCGCCCAACACACCGCCAACUCGCAAGAGGAAGUCGCGGGCUCGGAACUCUGCCCAGUCAGAUUUGACGCCACUCGGCGUGAUGAAGGUGGAGGACGGACAGGGUGGGCCACCGCCCAAAAGACGCAACGUGCGUGCGUCUGGUAGCCGGACAACUUCCAAGGCUCGCGCAACACGACCAUUGGCCCGGGCCGCUGACAAGGCAAGCGACAAGACGACGGCUGGACCUCGGGGGACUUCAGCAGAGAUUGAGGAAGCGGUCUAUGCAUUGAGUAACCACAACCCCAAGCCGAGAAGUACCUUUAAUGUCUACUAUGAACAGAGCCACACUCAAGGUAACUUUGUGCUCGACUAUGCGGACGACGGCGACCUGUUCGGAUUGGACCUACCUCUUCUUGACCCUCAUUCGACCUCGUCGAGCCAAUUCUUCAACAAUGGUAGACAGUCGCCGCACUUGCCUCCAUACCAAAGCACUCAGCCGACAGCGUACGGCAAUGGCUACCAGGGGAUGAGCAACAGCACUCUCAGUUCACUCUACACCCAACCCCGGAGCGGAACUAGCAGCUUGUACCCACCCUUUGACAAUCAGAUGUUCAGUGGCAACUCGGGCAGCACGACCGACGGCACCACUGGCACGUUUCAUGCUCCUGACAACCGGCGUGUCGGCUAUGGGGGAUUCAGCAUGGAGCCGACUGGCAGCCCUUUCGGGUACACCGACCAGCGGGAUGGUAGCCUCCGGAACACCAACUACGCGGACCCUACACUCCCGGGCCCGGACCGCCUAUUUGAGCUGUGA